ACAGAAGCAAAGUCAUUUGAAUUGUGAAUGCCGACUAACACAUUCUUUCUUCAUAAUGUUUCAGAUACGCUCAGUUCUACAGCCAGGAUGAGUUCUGUCACUACAACAUGUUCAACCACCACUUCUUUGAUGGAAAGGCUUCCAGUGCAGUCCUUCAGGCCUUCCUCACAGAGAGCGAGGGGGGGAAGCUGGUGAUGGUGGCGGACCCUCCGUUCGGGGGCCUGGUGAAGCCUCUGGCCAACAGUUUCUCUCUGCUCUCUCAAACCUGGAGGAAGCUGCAGAGCUCGGACGGCAGCGGUGCUGACAUGCCCAUGAUGUGGAUCUUCCCAUAUUUCUUUGAGCCUCGCAUCUUGGAGUGUCUCCCCUCACUCACCAUGCUGGAUUACCAGGUGAUCCCUUUCAUGAUGAUGUAAUGAACAUAUUGAUCA